AUGCCAUUAUCAUCAACAUCAGACUCCAGUCCCACUCCUGUGGCAGAACACGAUGAUGAAGAAUUGAACACUGAUUCUCUUAAGAAGACUCAAAAGAAGAAUGUAAAUACAGUAAAGAAGGUUAAAAAUAUGUCGGAUGGUGCUCUUUCAAAACAACGAUUCACUAUUGACAAAAUUAAAAAGGACAAUGAUCUCUUGAGAGAAACAAUUGCCAACCUUACACGUAAUGUGAAUACUAGUGAGAGUGUAGCUCUAGGAAAGAAAAUUAACAAACUCAACGAUGUUAUUUAUAAUAUUACUUUAAAAAUUCAGGAAGAAAAACGAAAGGUUGAAAAUCUAGAGGAGCACUUUAAGGACACUUCAAACAGAAUUGAAGAAGCGAGAAUAGAAAGAUCUGGAGUAAAUGUCUCUAAAGAAAGUAAUAGAUUAGUUGAAAAACAAAUCAAAGUCCUAGAAAAUAGACUUGAUAAAGCCCUUGUAAAGUUUAAUGAGUCACUAACUGAGAAUAAGGUAUUACGUGAUCAAAUUGAAAACUUAAGAAAAGAAAGAGUAGUAUUCGAUAGUAUUUAUAAAAAGAUGGAAAAGGAACUCCAAGAGAAAAAGAAGGAAAUGGCUAAAAUCAUUGAAUUAUCUAAUUCAGCAUAUGAAGAAAGAGGGCAAGCACUCGAGGAGCAAAAGCAAGUCAAGGAUGAACACCAAAAAGAAAUUGAGAAAAUUGAGGAAGAACGAGAACAACUUGAUAGACUUUUGAAAGAAGCAGAAAAAGUUACAGAAAAGCUUCAACAAAGAGAAUUGGAAAGAAGAGAGAGGGAAAUUCAAGAAGCUGCUGAUCUUGACAGAAAGAGAAUGCUCAAAUCUAGUUGGUCUAAUUCAGGAGUCAAGGCCAGAGCAACUGAUAUGAAUGAAAAAAGAAAGCAAUACGAAGAAAGAUUUUCCAAAAUUGAAGAAGCAACAGGGAAAAAUAUCGAUGAACUUAUUGAACACUUCUCUCAAUCUGAAGAUCAAAACUUCUCCCUCUUUACCUAUGUAAAUGAACUUAACAGUGAAAUUGAAAAACUUGAGGAAAAUAUUGUUGAGAUUGAAGAAGAAAUUAAGAAAUUCAAAGGAGAGGGAGUCAAUUCAGAAUCUCAAAGAAAGAAGGUUCUUUCAGAUAUUCAAGAAAAAAUCAAUGAAACAAACAGCAAAACUGAUCUGUACCAAAGAAAGUACGAAAAUUCUCUCAAAACAUUGGAAAUUAUUUCAAGAGGUAUUGAAACAAUAUUCAACAAAUUGGGAUGUGACCCAUCGUCUAUUUCAGACAUGCUUGGUACAACUGGUGUAACUGAAUCAAACAUGAUGAUUUACUUGGGCUUUAUUGAACAACGUACUAAUGAAAUUGUUCAAAUGAGUGUCACAACAAAGAAAAGUGAAGGUAAGAAGGAUGACAAUGCUGUUUCAGGACCAAAACAUCCGGUUGGAUUUACUGAAACCCUCUCCAUAGAACCUCCUUCGACAGCUAAUGACGGUCUUUCAGAUGAUGAUGAUGAUGAUGAAGAAGAAAGACCAUUUACAAGAGAAGAAUUGAUGCAAAAGGCAAAGAAAAGUACCCUCAGCAAGAAACCUAAGAAGAAGAAAUAAACCCAUUGUAAAUUAUUUUAUCAAUUUCAAAA